AUGUCGACAACAAGUAUUGCGGAGCAAACUGCUGCACCAGUUGUCAGUGAAUCACCUGCUGUUAUAAAACGAUGGGAACAAGAUUUUUCACAGACAAAAACUGAUGGCAUCACAUAUGAUUACAUCAUUGUUGGUUCAGGUUCAGCUGGUGCUGUCUUAGCUAAUCGUCUGUCAGAACAAGCUGAUAAACAUGUUCUUCUUAUUGAAGCUGGUGGUGCCGAUACAAAAGAUGAAAUACACAUGCCAGCUGCUUGUGGUAACUGUCAACGUGGUGAUAUUGAUUGGCAAUAUAAGACUAUACCUCAACUUUAUUCACACUUUGGUUGUAUUAACCAACAAAGUAAUUGGCCACGUGGUAAAGUUUUAGGUGGUUGUUCUUCUAUAAAUUAUAUGCAAUAUGUUCGUGGUGAUCCACAUGAUUAUGACAAUUGGCAAUUACCACAAUGGUCUUAUGAAGAAAUGUUAAAAUAUUUUAAAAAAUUAGAACGUGCUGAUUCGAAUACAAUUCCAAAGAAUGAGCAUUUUCGUAAUCAUGAUCAAGAGAAAGGAAUGAUGGAUGUAACAAUGCUUGAAGAAACAAAUCCAACAAAUCAAAUGUUUAUUGAAGCAUGUGAGAAGAAUGGAUUUCAUGAAACUAAAGAUUAUAAUGCAGAAGAAAGUCUUAGUGGAUGUGUAUCAAUGUCACAAAUUUCAACAAAAGGAGGAAAACGUUGGUCAACAGCAAGUGGUUAUCUCUUAACAGCAGUAAAACGAAAAAAUCUUGAUUUACUAAUACAUGCACAUGCUUGUCGAGUAGUAGUUGAUGAACAAAAACAAGUAUCUGGUGUGAUUGUUAAACGUAGUAACUCAUUGGAUAAAGAAGAAUUUAUUAAAGGUAAAGAAGUUAUACUAUCAGCUGGUGCAAUUGGAAGUGCUCAAAUACUUCUUCUCUCUGGAAUUGGUCCUCGUGAAGAAUUACAGAAACAUCAAAUACCUGUGAUCGUUGACUUGCCUGGUGUUGGCAAAAAUUUACAAGAUCAUAUGAUGACAGUCUUAGUCUAUCUAACUCAAAUGCCAACACUUUCGACUCGUGAUUUAACACCCGAAAACUUACAAAAAUGGUCAACUGAAGGAAAAGGCCCCUUAACUUCAUGUGUUGCUGAGUCACUAGCGUGGUGUCAAAUGAAUGAUGAGACACAAGUACCUGAUAUUCAAAUGCAUUACGGCCCAUUUACAGUUGACGCUGAACUUUUCCAAAAUUUUAACUUUAAACCAGAAGUUUAUGAGCAUUAUUUAAAACCACAUCUAACUGAUGAAUUACAAUGGACUGUUGUGUACUUACCUACACUUCUACAUCCAAAAUCCAAGGGUGAUAUUACACUUGCUAGUCGUGAUCCACUCGUACAUCCAAUUAUCAAUCCAAAUUAUUUAGAAAACAAAGAAGAUGUUCGUAAACUAGUUGAGGCAUGUAAACUAGUUGAAAAAAUUGCUCAAACCGAACCGUUAAAAAGUGUACUCAAAUCAAUGGCAAAAGAAAUGAAUGGAGAUGAAGCAACAGAAAAUGAAGAUCAAUUUUGGGAAUCGUUUGUUCGGAAGUAUACUGUUACAGUCUAUCAUCCGACUGGUACAUGUAAAAUGGGAAAAGAAGAAGAUCCCAUGACAGUUGUGACAUCUGAUACACGAGUAAAAGGUGUUCGAGGUCUGCGUGUGGUUGAUGCAAGUAUUAUGCCAAGUAUUGUUUCGGGCAAUACAAAUAUUCCAACAGUUGCAAUAGCCGAGAGAGCAGCAGAUUUAAUUAAGAACAAUGAUUAA